AUGAGAGAUCCAAAUUAUAAAUCAAUACCUUUAAACAAAGCUGCUGUUUCAAUAACUACAAAUCUGUAUGAUAGAAGAGCUUUAGAUUCAACUUCUGAUAGACCUUUAGUCAAUUCUUUAAAUCAUUUAACUUUCCUGACUAGUUCAAGUGCAAAAGUUAGAGAAACUUUAUCAAUAGAUGGUGGUUUAGAAAGAUUAAUUAAUAUCUUACAUGAAUGUAAACAAAAUUUUAAUGAAGAAGAUGAUGAAGAAGGUGAAGAUAUAUCAAUAUCAAAACAAAAACAAAAUGCUAUUAUUGCAUGGAAAUGGACUUUAGCUUUCCAAUGUCUUGUACUGAUUGGUACUCGUGGAACUGAAAAAAUUAGAAAAAGAGUUGUUCAAGCUGGUAUUAUACCAAUUAUUGCCACUGUAUUAGAUAAUUAUCUAUUAAUUUCAAGAAAUUUUGAUAAUCAAUUGGAUAAUACUUUAUCAACUACUUUUUUAUCAUUAGUUCAAUCCAAAAAACCUAAUAAACAAGUUAAAACUGAUGAUUCUUCAAAUGAAUUAUCAAAUUUAUUAAAUUUACAUCUUGAUAAAAAUUAUUCUUUACAUCAUUAUUUAAAUGAUAAUUAUUUAAAAUCAAAUGAAGAUUCAAUAACAAGUAAUAAUGAUGAUACAACAAAUAUAAAUUCAAUUGAUUUUAGAACUGAUUAUCCUAUAUUACAUCAACCUGAACAAUUAAAUGAUUUAGAUUUAACUAUAACUUCUCCAAGAUUAUUUUUAAAGGGUAUAUUGAUCCCCAAAGAGGAUGAUGUUGUUUGGUCUUUACAACUAUUGGCUUUUAUAUCAAAAUAUUCAAAUUUAAAAGAUUUUUUACAGUAUACUAAUUUGAUUGAUUCAUUAUCUUUAAGAUCAUUAAUUCAAUCAAAUAAUAUUCCACCACCAUUAGAACAAGAUGAUUUAGAUAAUGAAUUAGAAUUUGAAAUUUUAUCAAAUUUUUCAUCUGAUGAUAAUGAUCAAAAUCAAUUUAUAAAUAGACAACAAAGAAAUCAAAGAUUUCAACAAUAUCAACAACAAUUUCAACAACAAUUACAUCAACAUCAAAGACAACAAAGAGAAAGAGAUCAAAGAGAACCUGAUUUAUCAAAUACUCAAUCUUCUCAAGAUUUUUUACAACAACCUUCAACUCAACAAUCUUCAACAAUAUUGAUUUCAAAUGAUUCAAAUGAUCAAAUUUUUAAUCAAAAAUCAAAUAGUCAAGAUGAUGAAGAUUUAAAUAAGCUUAUAUCAUUAAAUAAUGAAGAUCAUGAAAAUACUAAUAAUGGGGAUUUUGAAAUUGAUUUACAAAAUAAUAAUAACGAUAAUUUAUUAAAUGAUGAAAUUUAUCAGCAAAAUUGUCCAAUAAAUGAUGAAUCUUCUGAAUCAAUGAAUAAAAAAUGUUUUAAUAAAUCUUUAUUAUCAUCAAUUUUAAAUUUUGAAAAAUCUUGUUUAGAUUUUGAUAAAAUUUCAACAAAUUUAGAAACAACAACAACAAAAGUUUUAAAUUCUUAUAAAGAAUUAAAAUAUUUAAAUUUAGUGGAAUUAUCUAUCAAGUUAAAUAAAUUUUAUCAAUUAAAACAAAAUGAAAAUCAAUUAUCUCAUAUCAAUAAGAGUAUAAACAUCAGAAAUGAAUAUAAUUCAAAAUGGAAUUAUAAAUCAUAUUUCCAAUCAUCAGAUACAUCAUCAUCAACACAAGAUAUUGAUCAUAGUAAUAAAAUCACACAUCAUUUGAAUAUCUUCCCAUUAGUUGAAAAAUUCACAUUAAAAACUCUAAAUUCAUCAGAUAUGUGUUAUUGGUCAGGAGUAAUAAUGAGAAAUUCAUGUCGUAAAGAUGAAACUAGAGGUGGUGUUAGACAAUGUGCAUCAUUCCAAUGUGGGAAAUGGGAAAAUUUUCCAAGGGAAUUUGCUAAAUGUAGAAGAUGUAAACGUACAAAAUAUUGUUCUAAGGAAUGUCAAUUAAAAGCUUGGAUUUAUCAUAAACAUUGGUGUGUUGAUAGUAAUAAUUCUGGUUCUGGAAGUGGUAGUACUGGGAAUCAAAAAAGGGAUGAUGAUGGUCAUGUUGGUCAAGUUGAUGUUGAAGAAAGGUUGCCAUAA